UUACGACAUCAGCCAGGACGUGGUGACGACAGCAGUUGCCAUGGAGUUGCGCUGGGUAACCCUCAGGUAGUGGAACGCCGAGUCUGGAGGGGAAGCGACUGUGGGGGGUAUUUCCAUUUCAACAGGGAACAAUCCCUGAACCCAAAGGAAUGAAUCCCUAAUGGUGGAGUUUCAGGCCUCAGUGACAGGCUGAACCCACAGUCCCCAGGCCCCUGCUUGCACCUGAUGAAUGAUGGCCUGAACUAUGAGCAAACGGGAGUCUGUGAACACUUCCGUGCAGGAGCCCCCUCUCGACUACUCCUUCAGAAGCAUCCACGUCAUCCAAGAUCUGCUAAGUGAGGAGCCAAGGACAGGGCUACGACCACUGAAGCACUCAAAGUCAGGGAAGCCACUGACCCAGUCCCUGUGGCUGAACAACAAUGUUCUCAACGAACUGAGAGACUUCAAUCAAGUGGUUUCACAGCUGCUGGAGCACCCAGAGAACCUGGCCUGGAUUGACCUGUCCUUCAACGACCUGACUUCCAUCGACCCUGUCCUAACAACGUUCUUCAACCUGAGUGUCCUCUAUCUUCACGGCAACAGCAUCCAGCGCCUGGCAGAGGUGAACAAGCUGGCUGUCCUUCCUCGGCUCCGUAGCCUGACACUCCACGGGAACCCCAUAGAGGAAGAGAAGGGGUAUAGGCAGUAUGUGCUGUGCACCUUGCCCCGCGUCACCACGUUCGACUUCAGUGGGAUCACCAAAGCAGACCGCACCACAGCUGAAGUCUGGAAACGCAUGAACAUCAAGCCCAAGAAGGUCCGGAUCAAGCACAAUGUCCUCUGAGGUUCCUGUGACCCCAGCAGCCCUAAAGAUCCCAGUGUGGUCAGCUUGGCUCGACAAUAAAUGAUUUGAACUGUUGAGCACCUAAA